AUGGUCUACGCGUUUACCCUCCCAACAACCUCUCCACUAUCCUUUCAAUCGUUCAUAACCUCGUCUACACAUCCAUCCCUCCCACAGGCCGCCUCAACUACCCGUCAUGCCCUCCGCCUCGCCCUCAAGGCCCACAAGCGCUUACCCCGCGGUGCGCGCCAGGACGCCCACCUGCUCACCGUUCUCUCCGCUUUGAAUGACUACAUUCCAUCCCUUUUCACGAUAUCACACGUCCUCAGCAGCAGAGCUCUCGCAAAUGACCCCCCCGCCUCGAGCAGCAAUGUCUUCGCAGAGAAGCUCCCAUCCGGGGAAGCGAUGGAGAUAACACUCCGCGCGGAGAUCGAAUCCGCCUGGAAACCUACUUUAUCCGCCGGGAAUGCAUUGAGCAUAGGCUCUACCAGCUCCGGGAAGAAGCCUCUGCGCGCUCGAGGUGGCCGUAUCGCAGGUAGAGGUAUCGACUUCGAGGUCGCAUUUACUCUCACAACGCUCGGCUAUGUACUAAGUCGCCUUGCACGUAUGGGCAUUGUGGAAUCGCUAUAUGCGUCGACGACACCUACGGCUGAGCAGCGCGCUGUUGCUGUGCAGACUGCGACGAAAUAUCUCCUACAAGCUAGCUCCGUGCAUGACUUGCUUGCAUCAUCGCCUGCUUUCGCGGCGGCUACGGCGUCUGCAGUGCCGGAUAUCGAUGCUUCGACGCAGUCUGCGCUGGCGAAGUUGGCGUUGGCGGAAGCUACGCUGCUGGCUGUUUUGAAGGACGAUGCGUACGUUGUUGCGUGUAUCCAGUCACGGAAUCCGAAUGAUAAGGAAUGGAUGGUUCGUGCGCCGGAGAUUCCCAAGGUCAGGGCGCUUGUGUUUGCGAGAUUGUGUACGAGGGCUGCGGAGUAUGCUAAUCAGGCUGCUGCGGGGCUUGGGGCUGUUGGGUCCUCUGGAAGGACGCGAGUGGAUGAGGAGGUUAUUCGAUAUGCUGGUGCUCUUGAGAGAGUGGCUCGUGCUCGGGGUUGUCGGUUCUUCGGUGUUGACGCUGAGUUGGCUGGGAAGGUGGGUGAGGGUAUUGCUUGGCUACGCGGCGCGCGGACUACGCUUGCGCUCCGUGGAGGUGCGGGUUCAUCAUCCGCAGGAUCGGAUGAAGUUGGUGAGAAGAAGGGUGGGUUCUCACGAUUGAAACGCGAGUGGAAUGAACGCCGCGAAGAGAAGAAGAUUGGCAAGGAUGCUGGUGGUGGACGCAGCGAUAAGGGCCCUCUCGCACCUGGAGAUGAUGCUGGCCGCGAUGAAGAAGGCCGAGUCAUUGACAUGCUAGAGACAAAGUGGGUGCGCAUGAAUGACACGAUCAACACCCAACUUAUCCCGUCACCAGCCUCGUUGCUAACCAAUAUCCCAUCUGGUCGAGAUAUUCACCAACCUCCGGCACCAUACAAACCCCCGUCCUUGGAAGAGGAUCAAUUGGCGCGCAUGCGGGCUCCACCGGAUGAGCAUCAGCAAUUGCACUUCGGAAGCGAUCCCGACGAUAGUGAAGAGGAAGUUCUGCCGGAGCCUCGAGGACCACCGGGUAGCUUCCCAGAUCGGAGCCAGACUGCUUCCAGCGCGUACUACUGA